AUGGCAAACUCGCCGAUGAUCCUGACGGUUCUGGCUCUCGGGCUGCUAGCGCUCCUCUGCGCUGUCGGUCCGGCCGCCGCGCAGAACUGCGGCUGCCAGCCAGACUUCUGCUGCAGCCAGUAUGGCUACUGCGGCCAGACCAACGACUACUGUGGCCCCGGGUGCCAGUCGGGCCCCUGCACAGGGAGCGGCGGCAGCGGCAGCGGCGCGAACGUGGGCAACGUCGUCACCGACGCAUUCUUCAACGGCAUCACGUCCCAGGCCGGAAGUGGGUGCGAGGGCAGCAACUUCUACUCACGCGACGCGUUCCUGAACGCUGCCAAUGCGUACUCCGGCUUCGCCCAAGGCGGCUCGGAGGACGAUGGCAAGCGCGAGAUCGCCGCCUUCUUCGCUCACGCCACACACGAAACCGGACAUUUCUGCUACAUCAACGAGAUCAACGGGGCGAGUAGGAACUACUGCGACGCCAGCAACAGGCAGUGGCCAUGCGUCCCGGGGAAGAAGUACUACGGGCGCGGCCCGCUGCAGAUCUCGUGGAAUUACAACUACGGGCCUGCCGGAAAAGACAUCGGCUUCGACGGGCUAGGGAACCCAGACAAGGUGGCACAGGACCCCGUGAUUUCAUUCAAGACGGCGCUCUGGUUCUGGAUGAACAACGUGCACGGGGUGAUGCCACAGGGGUUUGGUGCCACUAUCAGGGCCAUCAACGGCGCCCUCGAGUGCAAUGGCAAGAACCCCGCCGCAGUGAACGCGCGUGUGGGCUACUACAAGGACUACUGCAAGCAGUUUGGCGUCGACCCGGGGAACAACCUCACCUGCUAG